AUUCUUGAUACACUCCAGGAGUUGGGUGUUCAAGCAACAUUCUUUGUUAAUGGAUUCAACGCCAACAAUUUACACGAUGCUGAUGCACAAGCCAUUUUGAGGAGAAUACAUGACAAUGGUCAUCAAGUUGGAUCUGGAACUCUGGGCCAUUCCAAGCCUAACCACCUUUCACCCGAGCAAAUUGCUUUUGAAAUGCUUAAUAAUGACUGGAUGAUCCAAGAAGAGCUAGGCAUAUCUCCACUCUACAUGCGAAUCCCUCAUGGUUCCUAUACUUCAGCUCUGAUUAAGCAGCUUAUUGAUAUGGGAUAUGUUGUUAUUUCGCAUAAUGUGGAUAGCAGUGACUGGGCCGUUGCCGAGUCAUCUGAUCCAGCCACGAAGGCAAUCGAAGAAUUUGACAGGUCCGUUAGCCACCAUUCUGGGGCUAGUCCCGAGACUCAUUCGUUCAUCACGCUUCAUCAUGAGUGGGUUGAAAACGGCCAUAUCGGUGUCAGGGCAAUCGUUGAGAAAUAUCAUAACUUCGGAUACAAGUUUGUCACCGUUGGUGAAUGUCUGGGCUAUCCUUAUGCCAAGGACUGGUAUCGUAUUCGUGACUUUAACGAAUUGGCUUGA